ACUCACUCACAGCCAGAGACAGAGUGGAAAUCUCUUGUCAAGUUUCUCUCUGACCUUGAGAACAUCAGCCUUCUCAGAGAAUUCAGCUCACCAUUUCCCCCCCUAAGACUGAGCUAUCGGUAUUUUCAGAUGAGUGGCAUUGUGUUGAUGGCAGUCAUUCCUCUGAGUAUCUAAUUCACAGGGAAAAAAAGACUUGGCCCCAGCACUGCUUUCUGCAAAGCGGCCGGGUCACUUUAACGCAUGGACACUGCAAGAGCGCACACGGUUCAGUGAGAAACAAUUUUUUGCAGCGCGUAAAAGUUCGCGCAAAGUUCAGGCUUUUCUAGUACUGAAUUUUUCUUUUUUCCUUUUUGGCAUUUCAACACUUUCUUGGGAAGGAUGCUUGUCUCUACUUGGAAUAGCUGGUGUGUUCUGGUGUUUUUAGUCGCUGCGUUGAGGAUGGGGACAUCCCAGGCAUCAGAAGCGCGGUCAAAGGCGAACUCCAUCAAGCCGGGUCUGCUGGAAGAGACGCCAACGCCUGCCACAAACCGCUCCACCACUGCCCAUUCCGCAAUCACCAAGAAAUAUAACAUCCUCACACAGGUGUAUCCAUGUAGCAGUGACAAGGAGUGCGGUGAGGGCAGCUACUGCAGCAGCCCACAGCAGGGCCCCUCUCGCUGCCUAGCCUGCCGGAGGAGGAAGAAGCGCUGCCACAGAGAUGCCAUGUGCUGUCCCGGGAACCGCUGCAGUAACUAUAUUUGCGUACCUAUCUCUGAGAGUGUGCUCUCACCUCACAUCUCAGCUUUAGAUGAACAUAAUAAACUCUCCAACAAGGACCACAGCUGGAGGAAGAGUGGGAAAGCACACGCUAAGCAUUCUCUAAAAGGUCAUGAGGGUGACCCCUGCCUGCGCUCAUCGGACUGCUCUGAGGGCUACUGCUGCGCUCGCCACUUCUGGACCAAGAUCUGCAAGCCGGUGCUGAGGCAGGGAGAGGUGUGCACCAAGCAGAGGAAGAAGGGCUCUCACGGCCUGGAGAUCUUCCAGCGCUGCGACUGCGCCAAAGGCCUCUCCUGCAAGGUGUGGAAAGACGCCACCUCCUCCUCCAAGUCCAGGCUCCACAUGUGCCAGAAGAUCUGAAGGGGGGAAGGCAGCUGCUGUCGGCAUACAGGCCUCUGUCUCCAUCUGCCAGGGAAAGGCUUUUAAAGGAUGGCUUGUGGCUGCAUUGAAAACUAAAAGACAGAGACUAACAAGAGACAGAAUGGACUAUGCUGGUUCAAGCUUGCAAUUCAAGAAGCGAAGAGGGAUUGGGAAUGCUUUAAUGUGUUUGCUGUGAGCGGUCCACCCCCUCAUCCACCUACACACACACACACACACACACACACACACACACAAGCACACACACACGCACAUACCUCUCAGCUUUCCCAUAUCACUGAGUCCAUAUUCUGUUCGUUCACAGAUAUCACUCUCUCAAUGUUCUCAGAGUAUUCAAAGAGCUACAGAGGUAGUAAGCCGACCCUGCGCUAGGUGUGGAACUUUUCCAGAUCAAUGUCGCCAAUUAAGUGUGAUCAAUAAGACAAGAUAGAUGUAUCUAUCUAAAGAGAAGCCAUACUAUUCCUUUACAUUCUUCACUAAACAGCAAAUAAAAACUCUUGUCCAUUAGUUGCUCAAGAAGAUGAGAAAACCACAGUCAGAGUAAAGACGAUUAACCUUCGUUUUGUAUUUGGUUCAGAUUCUUUGUCUGUGUUGUCUGUUUUGUCAAAUUUUAAUUUCUCGUUCUUUGUCGCUCUGGACUUUCUCACAAGCACAGGAGAUGCUGUCAAUAUUUUACUGGUGUAUAACUGGUGUUUAACCUUUAAACAUUAAUGCAUUUAUAAUACCACACCUACUGUGUAUUGGCCAUAUGAGACAAGAAAGUAAAUGCAUAGUUUGUGCGUACAGUAGUUGUACACUCUAGAGCCCUUGACUUUUGUGUUGGCAUCCUGUGACUUUAAACCAAAGACUGGGACGUUAGCUCCUCAUCCGAUCUUAGCCAUCGCAGGAGAAGUGUUGUGUCCUUGGUGGACAUCUCAUUGGAUCUUUUAGCUGCAGCUGUGGUCUUUUGUGGCACAGUUAUUAGGAUUAAACUGAUCACACUUAGUUAGAGUUGAAGUCAGUGGUUAUGAAACAAGGCUGAUUACAGGCUGAGGUUGCGGUUCUGCCUCUGAAGUCUCGUCCAUGCAUACGGCAAUGGGAGUGUACAAAUGCAGCCAUUACAAAUACAGUCUGGACAAUAUUAAUUAGAAUUGCAAAAAGCUCAAUGUAACCCACGUUGUCGAUGACCUUUGCAAUUUCAAUAUGUGUUUUGUUCAUGUUUUGUUAAAGCCCUGUUCUUUGUUUGUUCGUUUGUGUGUUGUUUUAUGUUUUUCAAAUAUGACUGCAUAUUUUUGUCUCAUGAAAUACUGUGUUGUACUGGAUGUGAAGCAAUACGUGUUCAUUUUCUCAAUAGCACUCUUCUUUUUUUUUUUUAAACGAUCAGUUGUUCACUACAUAGCCAAUACAAUAUUACAUUUGUCCUCUGUAGCUUUAUUUUGUUUUUAGAGCACCAAGUACACCUGUUUUAUAAUCACUCAAAAAAAAAUUAUCAAUAAGCUCUUAUAUUGUAAAUAGUUUGGAAACAGUUAAAAAUGUAUUUAAGAUGCAAUGUAUAUCAUGUACAUAUUAUAAAAAAAUAUGAAUCUUUUAAAUGUUACAGCGAAAUGAUCUAGGUGAGAAGAGUUAAAGGAUGAGGUAGGAUGAGCAGAGCUGGAUAGAUUCACAAUUAAUGUAGUUACGAUGUGUGGUAAACACAUUAUGUAUUGGCAAGUGGAACGGCAUAGAUAGCUUUGACGUUACAAACUGGACACAUUGGAGGAUAUUUCAUUUGUGAAAGGCAAGCAGAUUAAUUUCCAAGGUAGUUUGUGUAAAUGGUGUGUAAAUGGUGUCAAGAAAUAUAUC